AUGCUGUGCAGCAAGGUCCAGACCGCGCCGGUCGCCAAGGCUGGCCUCCGCAUGGCCCUGCCCCGCGUGGGCGCGGUGCGCGUCAACGCGUCGAUGCAGCAGCAGGCCAAGAAGGCGGCUGCCUUUGUCGCGGCGGCCCCGGCCAUGCUGGCUGCGUCGCCCGCGAUGGCCAUUGUUGACGAGCGCCUCAACGGCGACGGCACCGGCCUGCCCUUCGGUGUGAACGACCCCAUCCUGGGCUGGGUGAUCGUCGGCGUGGCGGGCCUCGUCUGGGCGCUGUACUUCGCCGCCCAGAAGGACUUCGGCAACUUCGAGGACGACGAGAGCGGCCUGGGCCUGUGA